AUGCCAGCUGUUCCACAGAUCCUGCUGGAAACUCUGGAAGAGCUGGAGAGAGCAGAACUGAAGAGGUUUCAGUGGUACCUGACUACAGAGAAUGGAGUGGAAGAGGUCUCUCACAUCCCAAAGCCUCAGCUGGAGAAUGCUAAUGUGCAGGACACAGUGGAUAAGAUGGUGGAGAGAUAUGAACCAAGAGGUGCUGUGGAGAUCACACUGCUCAUCCUGAGGAGGAUGAAGCAGAAUAACCUGGCUGGGAAGUUAAAGAGUAAACUCAGAGAAGUGGGUAGCGCUGUUGCCUCACAGCAAGAAGAUUAUGAAGCUGUCAGAAUCAAACUGAAGUCCAGGCUGAAGCAGAAAUAUGAGCGCAUUUUAGAUGGAACAUCAGUGAGAGGCCAUAAAAAGUUUCUGAAUGAUAUCUACACUGAUCUCUACAUAGUGGAGGAUGAGACUGGAGGAGUCAUUCAUGAACAUGAGAUUAUGCAGGCUGAGGCAUCAUCUAGGAGAUUUACCACAGAGGAAACUCCAAUCACAUGCAGUGACAUUUUCAAAGUCCCAUCUGAUCCAAGUCGAAGAAACAGAAAAGUGUUGACUAUGGGAAUUGCUGGAGUGGGGAAAACUGUCUCAGUGAAUAAAUUUAUACUGGACUGGGCAGAGGGAAAGACCAACCAGGACAUAGAUUUUAUUUUUCCACUUCUUUUUCGUGAACUGAAUUCAAUAAAAGAUAAAAACUACAGCCUGAUAGAGUUGCUUCAUGUAUAUUUUGAAGAUUCUGCUGUACUGCAAUCUCUUCCAGAUGGUGAUGGUAAAGUCAUGUUCAUUUUUGAUGGACUCGAUGAGUGUCGCUUUCCUCUUGACUUUACUGAGACAGAGAAAUUGAAAAAGAUUAAUCAGAAAACAUCAUUGGGCACACUAAUGACAAACCUAAUCAAGGAAAAUCUGCUUCCCUCUGCUCUCAUCUGGAUAACCUCCAGACCAGCAGCAGCCCACAAGAUCCCUCGAGACUACAUUCACCAAGUGACUGAAGUACGAGGAUUCAGUGAUAAACAAAAGGAAGAGUACUUUAAGAAGUACAAUGACAAGGACCAGGAUAUGGCCAAAAAUAUGAUCUCACACAUAAAGAAAUCAAGGAGCCUCCACAUCAUGUGUCACAUACCAGUCUUCUGUUGGAUAUCAGCCACUGUGCUUCAGCCAAUGCUAGACAAAGAUACCAGUAAAGAACUCCCUACAACUCUGACAGGAAUGUACACACAGUUUCUGAUCUUCCAAAUAAAUCAAAUGAAAGAGAAAAAGGGGGCUAAGAACAUCAGUCGAAUGAAAAAGCAAGAUAAGGCUGAAAACAUCAUUGUGAAGCUUGGAAAGUUGGCCUUCUGUCAGCUAGAGAAGGGCAAUCUGAUAUUUUAUGAGGAAGACCUGAGAGAGUGUGGCAUUGAUGUCAGUGAGGGUUCAGUGUACUCAGGAGUGUGCACACAGAUAUUCAGUCAAGAGCAGGGAGUCUCUGAGACAGUGGCGUUUAGUUUUGUGCAUCUGAGUGUUCAAGAAUUCCUUGCUGCGGUCCAUGUGUAUCUCUCACAUCGUAACAAGAAGAAUCCACUUCAUCCAAGCACAGUUGUGAACAUAUUUAAAUGGCUGUUUAAGAGCACAGAAGCUUUCUAUGAAUCUGCAAUAGACAAGGCCUUAGAGAGUGAGAAUGGACACCUGGACCUUUUCCUCCGCUUCCUUCUUGGCCUCUCACUGGAGUCCAAUCAACGACUCCUGAAAGAACUACUGCCACAAACAGCAAUCAGACCACAGAGUUUGAAGAUAACAAUCAACUACCUAAAGGCAAAACUAAAUGAAAACAUCUCAUCAGAGAGGAGCAUCAAUCUCCUCUACUGUCUGAAUGAACUGAGGGAUGACUCCCUUGUAAAUGAAAUUCAAAAUUACUUGGGCUCAGGACGUCUCUCAACAGAGAAACUGUCAUCUGCACAGUGGUCAGCUCUGGUCUUUGUCCUGCUGAUGUCAGAGGAGACUCAAGAAAAGUUUGAGCUGGAGAAAUACAGAGGAUCAGAUGAAGGGUUGAAGAGACUUCUACCAGUACUGAAAAACACCAAACGGGCUCUGUGA